AUGGCUGGUGAAAAGAUGGACGUCGAGCAGGCCGAGCAGGCGCUCAAGAGCAUGGCCCAUUCCGAGCAGCACUACUUCAAUAGUUACAACCACCAUGGAAUCCACGAGGAAAUGCUGAAAGAUGAAGUCCGCACGCGUUCUUACAUGAACGCCAUUGUUCAGAACAAGCACUUAUUCAAGGACAAGAUUGUUCUUGAUGUCGGAUGUGGAACUGCUAUCCUCUCCAUGUUUGCUGUCAAGGCUGGUGCUAAGCAUGUCAUUGGUGUUGAUAUGUCGACCAUCAUCUUCAAGGCCAAGGAGAUCGUCGCAACCAAUGGCAUGAGCGACAAGAUCACUCUGAUCCAGGGCAAGAUGGAGGAGAUUGAGCUGCCGUUCCCAAAAGUCGACAUCAUUAUCUCUGAGUGGAUGGGCUACUUCUUGUUGUACGAGAGCAUGCUCGACACCGUCUUGUAUGCCCGUGACAAGUACCUGAACAAGGACGGUUUGAUCUUCCCCGACAAGGCAACGAUUUUCGUGUGCGGUAUUGAGGAUGGCGAGUACAAGGACGAGAAAAUAGGGUUUUGGGACAACGUCUAUGGUUUUGACUACUCGCCGCUGAAGGAGACUGCUCUGACAGAACCGCUGGUUGACACAGUUGAGGUUAAGGCCGCUGUCACCGACCCCGCCUCUGUCCUGACGCUCGACCUUUACAAGUGCACUGUAGCCGACCUCGCCUUCUCGGUUCCCUUCAAGCUGUCCUGCCGCCGCGAUGACUUCGUACAUGCGUUGGUUGCCUGGUUCGAUAUUGAUUUCACAGCCUGCCAUAAGCCAAUCCGCUUCUCGACAGGGCCACAUACCAAGUAUACACAUUGGAAGCAGACUGUAUUCUACUUGAAGGAUGUGUUGACGGUGCAGCAAGGCGAGGAGGUGGAAUGCAACCUUGAGGUUCGUCCGAACGACAAGAACCGCAGAGACUUGGACAUCAGCAUCAAAUACCUACUCGACACUCAGGACAGCACGAGAUACGCUGAGGGUCGAUUGGACUACAAAAUGUGCUAG